AUGUCUUAUUGCGAAAUAAACACAGCUCAACAAAAUCAACAAGCAUCAAUGGAUGAAUCUGUCGAUUCAGGAAUUGUAAGAAGAUCCCUUAGAAGCAAUGUAAGAUGUAACUACAAAGAUAUGAUUAAUGGCACUAAAAAAAAUUCAAAUGCCUCUGAUCGUAGUCGUUCUCUUUCCGCAGGAAAAAAACUUAAAAUCAAACCGGUCCUUUCUAAAAAAGAUCAAAUAAGUGGAGGAGUAUCUUGUAGUAUAAAUCAUAACAACUCUUCUGAUGGUAGUGGCACUUUCCGUACAACAAAAAGUGCUUCUCAUACAACAACAACUGAUGACGAAACUACAACAAAUUCAAAUCAAUCUUUAUCUGUUUCACCAGACAAUAAUCUUCAUAGUUUGGUUGAAGUUUCUAUUCCAACAACAAACAUUAUACCUACUUCUAAAAGAAGUAGAAGACCACCAUCUGCACACAAAGAUUAUUUAAAUGAGAAACAAGUUAAAGAAAUUCAAAGAAAUGGCAGUAAGAAUUCCUCAAAAUCACUUACCCCUGAUCCAAAUAUCAUUGUUAACACAACCAAAUCAUUAUCAUGUGACAAUGAUUGUGGAAAAGUUGACGGUAACGUUGUAAAAAAUAAUCAUACACAAAAGUAUGAAAUCGCAAAUGAACUUCUAAAAAAAAUUGACAGCAGCAACACCUUGAUUAGUAGUAGUAGUAUAUUGGAAAUUGAAAUUAAUAAGGAUGCUUCUGUUGAUGAACCUAGAUGCUCAUUAUCUCCACCUCUAAAGAUGUCAAUUACACGUGGUAAGGGAUCCGUAUCCCCUAAAAUUACCUCCUUUACGGUUAAUGUAGAAGAUUCGUGUUUAACCGAUGACAAAAUCCCUUUGAAAUCAGACACUGAUAAUGAAAAUAAUGAAACAGUAAAAAGCGAUGUUAUUCCUACAAUUAUUUUUGAAGAAAAUGAUGUAAUGCCUACUAUUGAAGAGAUUAGAAAUCCUAAUACUUAUUGUAACGAAAAUGAUACUACUGAUAGUUUUGUUUUUGACAAAGAUUACUCUAAAAAAAUUUCUAAGAAUACGUCAUCUGAUGUUACUGAUCUGAAGUGUGAUGAAAAUCCUGCCUCUUUUCAAGCUGAAAAGAUUCCAGCAAAACCUAAACUAGACGUGGUUAAAAAUCAAUGUCCUAUUUUACCAUGUAUGGAUGAAUCUACAAAUCCACCAAAAUUAGAGGUUGAAACUAAUGAAGAAAGACCUAAACUAGAACCAGCACCAUCCAAUUUCCCAAGUAAUUUUACAGGAACUACUAACACAAAUCAGAACAAUGACACUUCUGGGCCACCAUUACUAGAACCUGUUCCAGAAGGACCAAAAGAGGAUUCAUUUGAAGAUCUUGAUUUAAAGUGCCAUGAAGAUCUAGAAUUAAUGGACCUUGAUGUACCAAAGAAUGUACAAAAACAGGAAGAAGAAGUUGAAUCAAUGGACACCACAACACCAUCACCAACAAUAAAAAAUGGUAAAAGAAAAAGUUAUACCUUAAGAAAGGGUACUCCAUCAAACAAAAAUGAAACAAAAACACCGACAAAAAGAAGUUACAACAAAAAUCCUGAAAAAUACAAGUGCAAAGAAUGCGGGUUCACUACAGGUAGAAUAGCUGACUUUAAAUUGCAUAACAAAACUCAUGAAAAUAGUGAUACUACAAAAACUGGAAAAAGAAGAAAAAGAAGCUAUUCAUUUCUAAAACAAGAAAUGACCACAAAUGAUACUCCUAAAGAAGAAGUUGAAAAUGCUGGUGAAGAAAAAAAUAUAAAACUUGAAAAAUUAUAUACUAUUGAGGAUAGUAAUAUUCAACCAAGUAAUGAAUCAUCACCAUCAUCUCCUGAGAAAAUAUACAAAUGUAAGGAGUGUCCUUUUACCAAUACAUUAAUAUCAAGAAUAGAAAGUCAUGUAACAGGUCAUACAAAAAGAACUGGUUUCAAAUGCCCUGUAUGUACAUACUUCUGCGGAUCUGCAGGUUUUAUGAAAAAACACACUAUCCUUCAUGGUGAAGAUUGUCCAUGGCCGCCACAAUUCUUUGGAUCAAAGAAAGGUGGUAAUGCAAGAUAUCAGACACCACCACCAGUACUGAUAAAGAAUGAUGAAAUAGUAGUAAAAGAAGAUAAAAAAGAACAGUAUCUAAAAAGCGGACAAAGUUCUCAACAUGAUCUAUUGCAAGAUCAACAAAAUGAACAAUCUAAUAAUCAAAGGGGAGGUAAUAGAAAAAAGGGUGGUAUACCAGUGAUCCUUGUUACGGAUGAUAUGAAAACUAAAUGGAAAUCAAUGAACAUACAAAAGAAAUUAUCAAAAGAAAGAUGUCAUAUCAAGUUAUGCUCUUUUGAAGGAACAUCGAUAAGUUCCUAUCUUCACAAAAAAUUAUACCACUACAAUAAAAUAAAAAAAAGAUUAAACGCUACUAAAACAUCUACAGGUUCAGUCAAGGAAUUUACCAAGAAUAAAAAAAAUAACAAAAAAAGUGGUAAAAAUAUUAAAAAAAUUAAAGGAAAGGUUAUUUGUAAAGAUUGUAAAAAGAACUUCACUAAUAAAAAAAAAUUAAACUUUCAUAGAAUUAUUUCAUACCUUACUUGCAACAAGGUGGAUAAGAUAAAUUUCAAAAAAAUGGUUGUUGAAACAACUGAUAUUGUAAAAGAAUAUGAUGGAAUAUUUUACUGUUUAGAGUGUCCAUUUUGGGCAUCAGAUUUUUCUAUUACAGAAAGUCAUGCCAAAGGACAUUUAGAAAAAUUUAGUCAUUGUUGUGAUAAAUGUCAAUGGAGUGCUGAUGAAGAAAAAGAAAUUAAGAUUCAUGAACAAUGGCAUUCAACAGAAAUUACGAUAAAUGAUGAAAAUGAUGAACUUAUGAAUAGUAUUAUUCUAUGGAAUUGUGAGGAUUGUCCAUAUAAAACACAUGAUGUAUAUGAAAUGCGAUCUCAUACCAGGUUACAUCAGGGACAGAGAAAUCAAAGAUGUAGUCAAUGUACCUUUUCGUGUGAUGGGGCAAGUACUUUGACACAACAUCUUCAGGUUCAUGGUAAAAUUACUAAGCGUGGUAAACCAAAAAGACAAACUAUUAAAAGAGAACCUAUUACUGAUAAAAUUGUUUCAAGAGAAGUUAUGAAAAAAACUGAAAAUGGAUUAUCAGUUAGAGCUUUGAAAUUGGUUAUAAAAUCAGCAACAUUAAAAGAAACUUAUGAAAUGCAUAAAUGUGAAACAUGUCCUUAUUAUGCAACCAGUGAAGAUUCUAUUUUUAAGCAUGUAGCUUUACAUAUACUACCUAAGGGUGGUAAAACAAUGCAAGAAUGUUUAGAUUGUGAAUUUUAUUGUGAAAGUAGUGAUAUACUAAAAGAACAUGUAAGAGUUCAUGAUAAUGCUUUUAUUAUACCAUACUUUAUACAAACAUUGUUUUCAUGUAAAAUGUGCGAUUUCACUUCUUCUGAAGAAUCUGUAUUAAAAAAUCAUGAACAAAAAUGUACAAAAGAAGUCACAUCAUCAACAUUAAAUAAUAGUGGUACAACGAGAAAACCUUAUCGUGGUAGAAAAAGGAAAGCUCCAGAAGAUGAGGAUAUUUCACAAACAGAUACAUCAACACGAGAAGUUUCUACAGAUGAUGUUGAUAAUAUGACAUUGGAUGAUUGGUUAAAAGAGUAUAAUAAAAAGUUUGGCCUUCCAAGAACUGUUAUAGAAACAAAAACAAAAACUGUCGUGAAAGAAAGACCUCGUCACAAUGUUUUAAAUUUAUACUCUAGUCGGGUUAAUAGUGCAAAUGAUGGAAAUUACAAUUGUAAAGCGUGUCCAUUUACAACAAGAUUUCAAGCAGUUAUGAGAGCUCAUGAAACUCAUCAUCGAUAUACACAACAACACAAUUGUUCAAUAUGUUCAUAUUCUGUUAAUGAUGUUAGAAAUUUAAUGAAUCAUUUAAAAUGGCAUGAGGUGAAUGAUGAAUUAAGUAGUGUUGAUAAAAAAGGAGGAUUGAAAAAAAAUGGACCAUAUAAAGCAUUGACGUCACGUGUUGGAGGAUCUGGAUCGCAUCAAUAUGAAUGUCCUUUUAAUCCAUGUACAUUUAAAAGUCCAUUCGCACAUUCAUUUAAUGCUCAUGUUAGUGAACAUGCCAAAAAACAUAAAUCAAGAAUAUUUACAGCAUUGAAAAGAAAGAAUGGAGAUAAUCUUAAAAAUGAAAAAACUUUCAAACCACCAAAAGAAUCAAAGAAUUUAUUAAUGUGUGGAGAAUGCCAAUUUUCGACACAUUUUAGUGAUGAGAUGUCAGAUCAUCAAGAAGCUCAUAAAGAUAUUUAUUUGGAGCAUCAGUGUACAGUGUGUACUUUUGGUUCCGACAGCCUUGUAUAUUUAAAUAUCCAUUUGACUGAUCAUCAUACAGAUGAGGUGAAGAAGUCAGCAGAUCUCACAAAUUUAAAUGAAAGACAACUCAGUUGCCUGAAAUUUUUAAAAACAAUGGCUGAGGAUAUUGAAGAGAUUCUUUCUGAAAUUGAUGGAUCCCAAAUUGAGGAAUAUCAAAAAUUCUUUGACAUGUUUGAUCGUGGUAAACAAGGGUACAUCAUGGCAACCCAGAUAGGUCAAAUUAUGCAUGCAAUGGAACAAGAUUUUGAUGAAAAACAGCUUCGUAAAUUAAUUAGAAAAUUUGAUGCUGAUGGUUCAGGAAAGUUGGAAUUUGAUGAAUUUUGUGCACUUGUUUAUACGGUGGCAAAUACUGUUGAUAAAGAAACAUUACAAAAGGAAUUAAGAGAAGCUUUUCGUCUUUUUGAUAAAGAAGGAAAUGGAUAUAUUUCAAGACCAACUCUUAAGGCUUUAUUAAAAGAGAUUGCUGAUGAUUUGACUGAUCAACAACUUGAUGAGGCUGUCGAUGAAAUUGAUGAAGAUGGAUCAGGAAAGAUUGAAUUUGAAGAAUUCUGGGAACUUAUGGCCGGAGAAGCAGACUGA